AUGACGACUUUGGUCAUCGCUGGUCUUGGAUGUGUAACCGCGGACCUACCCCAAGGCAAUGACCUAACUGGUGUAAAAAGACAUGGUGCAAUAAAGGGAUGUAGAACAUGUCUAACUGCCAAAGAAAAUGCAACAGACAUUACACUAGAUAUCGCUAAUAUUUCUCGCUACCAUCACAUUACCAAUACCCAAUUCGAAGAUAUAUUUACAGCUCUGACCCAAAAGGAACGAAGUGAUCUUGCGAAAGAAUAUGGUUUACAUACCAUUUUGCCAAUACUCGAUCAGCUUCAACGAGAACAUCACCUGCAGUCGCCGCAGGAUAUUUACCAUCUAAUAGCUGGUAAGACGUCAAAAUUACUUAAAUUGAUGAUUUCUAUAUUAUCUCCAGAAGGCGAACGAAGAUUUAUUAGAGAAUGGAAAUCGUUCAAAUAUCCUCGUCAAUGGUUGAAGUUGCCGAAUCCCAUAAGUCACCUAGAAAGCUUCAUGAUGUCUGACCAUCUUCGAUUGGGUAUGGUAAUGCCAUUUAUAUUGAAUAGAUUCUUGGUCAGUAAUUGUUUAAAGCCACAAGAGAUGGAGAAACUACAAGUGCGAACAAACUUGAAUCGCAAUCAAGUUAUCAAUGCAAUCGUUAAAUGCUGGGCAAUUGUAGCAAAAUGCUCUCGCCUUGCAUUUAAGAAUUCAUUAACAAAUAACGACUAUAUAGUUCUUGAAAAGUAUUUGAAAAUGGAACAAAAAGCAUUGAUAGAGUUAUUCGAUGAUUUCGUUGGUCUUCCUAACCUUCACGCUAACUGUCAUUUAUUGCGACAUGCAAGAACUUUUGGAACUCUCACGAAUACUGAAGUCGGAACAAAGGAGAUGGUCCAUCGUAUCUUUAAAAAUAUGGUUCCUCAUACCAAUCGCAAGAACAUUGAAUUUGACUUAUUAAAACGUUAUACGACUCUGCAAUCCAUUCGGUAUCUUGCAGAUGAUUGGUUUAUUAUGAAAAAUUCAGAGAUGGAUGACGAAGAACUAUUAGAAGUCUGUUCACAGUCUAGUCAAUUCCGAAAUAUAAUGCUAAGAAAGCCAAUAUCAGGUCGCAACACGAAUAUUGUCAUUGAUACAACGUUUCAAAUUGAUUUGUCUCUUGUAUACGAAAGUUUUGGAUAUCAUACAUCAAUGAUCAACAAAACUUUUAGUUUUUAUAAAUACGCAUCUUAUAUCAGUGGCGAAGCCCAACACCAUUUGAAUAUAGACGAUGUGGUGACCAUUCAAGUGGCCAAUUAUGGUGAAAGUUACGCAGUCAUCAAAGGAAUUUUUAAACACAAAAGCAACGAUGGUUAUUUCUAUCCAUUUAUUUACGUCAAUUGGUUUGAAGAUGCCAAUAAGAAUCACGACAAAUUGGAUUGUCCAAUCUUUGUUCUUCGUCGUGAUGAUUUUUAUCGCAAUAUUUUUCCAUUAACGGUUAUAGAUAAAGUUCGAAAGGUGCAUUUUGUACAUGAUUGUAAUGCAAGAUGCAAGGAUAGUCAUGAUUCGGAAAAUAAGCAUUAUUUAAAAAAUGACUUCUUUUUCGAAGCUAUUUAA